AUGCGUGGAUUCCAGAACAUGGAGGCUUUUGGCUCCCCAGUACCAUCUGUCAGCCAGUUGUCUGACAUCCAUCGCGGAUCUCAGCCGUUCACCAAGCUGAAUAUGCGUGAGAUAGAGAAAAUGUUUAAGGAAGAAAAGACUGGAGCCUUGGACCUGGCAGGUUUCAUCAAGGCCACGAAGAAGGUUCUGGGCACAGUGUCAGAUGAGAUGCUCGAGGCACUGUUUUUGAAGGUGGACUCGGACUGUAAUGGCGUCGUCACCUGGGAAGAGUGUAUGGAUUACAUGAUGCGCGAGUUCCAGGGGAAGGAGGAGAUGAGGAAGAACAAGUACCGCCUGCACUUCUCCCUUCCCAUGACAAUCGUCCCCCUGAAUCAUGGCUGUGAGGUUGUGAAAGUGGAUUAUUUAGUCCACUGUUUCAAGAAGAAGGGGUAUUUCAAGAAGUCAGGAUGUUUCCUGACUAUCACCAAAGACGGGAUCCUGCAGUUCUGGUCUAAGACUUUCUUGCUGAUUAAGUCCUUUCAGCUUAGCCUGCAGCUCAAAAACCAGCAGAUAUUGGUCACCGACAUGGUGUGUCUAUACAACCUGAACCUCAUUGCGGUUGCAUCUGAACAGAAGAUAGAGUUCUUUGAUAUUAGUAACGAUAAAUGUGUCCGUUCCUUCACCUUUAUUGAUUUGGACAGCUGUGUCCUGGUCAUGGACUACUGGUCUGACAGUCACAGAGGUGUGUUCUGCUAUGGGGACACCAAAGGCAACGUCAUGAUCUUCACAUCUGACAAUGUGAACAAUGGACUGUUGUUCAACCCCAAAAUCCUCCCCAAGGCCUCCAGACGGGAUCACUGGAUGAACAUUUCCAUGCAACAGCUCUUAAAUGAGAAGUCCGCUUUAUACAGAAGUUACCAAAUGAAGGGUCUCCAUUGCGACUGGUGUCAACAGGUCAAGUUCAUCCCCCAGCUGAAUCUGGUGGGCUCCUGUUCUGCCAUUGAUAGAUCCUCUCUGGUGCUGAUAAUGUUGCCACUCAAGUUCCCCGAGAAACCCAAGUUGCUACACUUGCAUCUAAAAAAAGGGGUUCUUUGCUUUAAUUACUGCCCAGACACGAACUUCGUGGUGACUGGUGGCUACGACUCCUUUAUCCGCCUCUGGAACCCCUUUUUCUCAAGAAAGCCUAUGUUGCUGAUGAAGGGACAUCAGACCUCAGUGACACACAUCAUCGUGAGCAGCCAGAACAGCAGCAUCCUCAUCAGCAUCUCCAAGGACAAGAAUAUCCGAGUGUGGGACAUGCAGGACCGUAUCUGCCUCCAGUCUUUUUGCGGGAAGUUUUUUGCCCUGGGAAACUGCCCCAUCACCAGCGCCUACUUCUAUGGAGAUGAUACCCUCAUCUGCAGCACCUAUUCGAUUGGGAUCCUAAAAGGCUACUUAAAGGCCCAGGGGCCUUUGAAAGGAGGAAAGAUGACAACUCACAAUGCACCCCUGUGCACUGUGCUCUACAGUAAGAUCUUCAAGCAGGUGGUGAGUGGCUGCCUGCGCGGCUCAGUGAGUGUAUGGGAGGUUGUGACAGGCAGGAAGAUGAUGGAGUUCUCGGUGUCCGGUGCCCAACACGUGGAGCUGACCACCAUGUCCCUGAAUGAAACAGAGCGGUGCCUGCUCACAGGUUUGCGUGAUGGCACGAUGAAGAUGUGGAAUUACAACAUUGGUGAAUGCCUUUUGGCCUUUCCCAACCCAGAGCAUCUGGAGAUUACUGGGAUUAUCCACAUGAACAAAACAUUCUACGUGACAGGAUGGAGUAAGAGAAUCACUUAUUACAUGUUCCACCAGACCGAGCCGGUGCUCUUGUGCUACCACUGGCAGACCUACCAUGCAGAAGACGUCCUGAGUAUGGCCAAGUACAAGAACCAGUUCCUCGGGACCUCCUCCUACAAUGGGGACAUCCUCUUCUGGGACACCGACGCAUUCAAGCCCAUCUUUAAGUUCAAUGCCUCUCAGAGCCCUUGGCCUUUGCCUCCUAGGAGGGUGGGAGACAUGAACAAACUCCUGGUUGAGAGCCACAGGCCCACCAAACCCUGUGUAGAGGAGGAGAAAUGGGCAUAUAAGCCCCCCAAGAAGUUCCUUGGCUCCGGCUCCAAGACUGUGACCAAUGCCAACCUGAGGCGGAACCUGAUGUCAGCUCCCCCAGUGAUGAGACAUGAGGGAGUCAAGGGGCGAGAGAGGCCUGUGUCCCAGCAGAAACAAUCCAUCACUGGAGCAUGCGGGCAGCCAGGCAAGUCCCGUGGCAGACAGGCUGCAGUCCCAGGGGUUAAAAUCAUCUUCCUGCAGACCAGACCUUGCCUGCCGCACACGGCUACCCUGCUGAGCAGCUGCAGCAAUGGCUACAUCUAUGCCUGGUCCAUCCAUACGCAAGGAGGCCUAUUGGGGAGGUUCCCCGUGGACCUCAAAGACGAUGGAGAUACUGUCGUGGGUGCCAUGGCCACUGACAAAAAUGACUGGAUCCUCAUCACAGGGGACUGCAAAGGACAAAUCAAGAUCUGGGACAUUAAGGAUUACUGCGUAUUCUCUGACCAGCUGGCCUCCCAAUUCAGUGGGGGUCAGGACAGCUCUAAAACAGAGAACAAGUUUCGGGUCUUAAUUCCUCCACAACCUGGGAUCAAUGUCUCCUACACUCCCUCGGAUGACACAGAGGUUGUGGCUGGCCAGACCAUCUCUCUGGUUCCCCCGCUGCUCCUGAUUACCUGGAAGGCCCAUUUGGAUAGCGUGGUAGACAUCCUAUAUGUGGACAGCUUCCAGCUGGUGAUCAGUGCUGGCCAGGACCAGAACGUCAAGGCUUGGAAAGUCUCCGGGAAAGCCAUGGGAACACUUGGCCUGAGUGUGUGGAAAAGACUCCACGAUGCUCCUGAUCAUCUUCUUGAACAUAAAGCAAGCUUGGAAAAGACCGUUUCCACAGGCACCAUCACCAAGGACUUCCAUCGGGAGCUGCAGGAGGAGAAGGAUCUCACUGCAGCCCUGGUGUACCAAAAGCAAGAGCAGACGGCACUGCUGGCCCUCCUGGAUGGGGCGGCAGAUACAGAGGCACGCGCUUGGACCAAGCUGCAGAAACUGGCUGAGACGUCCCCAUGGGCUGGAGAGCGCUCACCAAAAGAAAUUGAGGAUAGCUGGAGCAAAUGGGAAUCCCAGGACAAGCAGAUGAGCAAAGUCUUGGGAACAGGAUACAAGCCCAAGAGGCAUGGGCAGAAAAGCAAGGUCCUGCCCCCCCCAGUGCAGUAUGGCUGGAUGAAGCAUCAGAUCUUCCCACGGAUCUUCCAAAGCCUGCCCUUGAGCAAGAUUAUGCCUGCCCAGCAUCCUGACUUCCAUGUCAGCAGGGCCCUGCUUGUCAGUCUGGCGCCCCAGCGUGCUCAGAAGGACCUGGAGACUGACAGGGAGCAGGCGGCGACAGAUGCCAGCAUGGGCACCAUCCCCUCGUCCCCAUCUUCCUUGCUGUCCAUGGCAGCCUCAGCCUUAGCCGUCUCCAGGCCCCAUUCCUCCAGCUUCAUGCUGCGUCCCUGGUCAGCCUCUGCAGCCCAGUCCAUACACUUGGUCCCAUCAUCUAUGACUAAGUCCAGCCUGCAGAGGUCAGGGACCUCUGUGCCCAAUAUUGAGUCUCUCGGACAUUUCCCAAGGCCUCUGAAGACGACCUCCAUGUCCUCCGUGAAGAAGGGCUCCCACAUCAGGUUCUAA